GGACGAAACGAGACAAGGAGUGUUGUUCUUGUUGUUGUUUUCUGAUUCUUUCAUCUCAGCAGGAGCACAAACAUGUCGGAUGCUUUAAACUCGCUCGUAACUCAGUCUUGCUUCAGCGUUUUACAGGACAGGCUGGAGAGAUGGCAAAGAGAGUAUCAUGUGAUUUCCUGUGACGAGAACAUGAAUCGGUGCUGUGAGAUGAUAGAAUUUACGGCCAAAAUCCAAGGGCAGCUUUUCGCUGUCCUUAACUCUGUGGCUGCUGAAGGUGAACACACAGACGGAGUGUCCACGCUUAAAACGCGCCUGCUUCCGUGGCUGGGGACUUGUUUCUCGCCAUUACAGCCCCCCGCCCACAAAGACAACAGUUUCAAUCUCUUUCAGGAUUUGGCAGAGAAGGAGCGGAAACUCACGGAGCUCAACAGCGGCAACAUGAGCGACAUGCAGUGGGUGGAGUCGCAGCUAUGCUCCACUCGGCUGCAGCUGGACUCGGUCAAGGCGGAGCUGGAUGAUGCUCACAGGGAUGUGAACAAGACAAAUAACAAAACAGCCACCGACCUGCUGGAGGAUGAACUACUGCAACUGAAAGAAGACUUGAGAGGAGCACACUUACAAAAGGAUCUUUACAAGAAGAAGCUGGAUUCCUACCACGAUUACGAACGUCAGAUGUCGAAGUUGAGGGACGAAGUGUCGUAUCUAAGCUCACAGAGACUGGCCAGAAGCAAUUCUGCGAGGACUCCGGCAGGGCUGCGGUACACCUCCAGCCCCCUCAGGUCCGAGGCGACCCCCCGGUCCCAGCUCACCGGCUCGUCCCGGCUCAUGCGCGUGGUGUCGCGCUUCGGCGAUCUGUACAACGUGGAGCGCAAAGAUGCCCAAUUCCAGCUUCAGGGCUUCAUAAAUGAUUUGGAGACAGUGCAGAGGAUCAUCUUCAUCGCCAUAGUUGAAUCCUUCAAGGCGGCUAAACUAGCGCACCGUCUCUUCAGGCUGCGCGCACGCAAGACUCUGUCCGUGUGUCACUUUGGGCCUGAAAGCCUUGAGGACACCGUGGUGGACUACAUCGUCCGAAACCAGGACCUCUAUGACGUGCAGAACAGCGUUGACGAAGUGCUCAGCGCCAUGAACCUCAACCCUCGCAUCGCCUCCAUCCCGAAAGUCAACUUUUCCGUGGCCAGCCCCUUGAUUAGGGAAACGUGCAAGCUGGCCUUCACCAUGCAGACGCUGGACCCGCCCAUUGACUUGGCCUUCGCCAGCGAUGGGGAACUUUACAUCAGCAACAAGUACCGCCGCAGCCCCGACUCGGACCUCUCCGCCGAGCUGGUCUUGUACCACGUGUGGCCCGCUCUGAUGCAGGGCGGCACCGUGCGCUCCAUGGGCGAAGUCGUGACCAAGAAAGGAGCUGUGUGGAAGAGAAGCGCAAUCAGCUACAUACGCUCUCGGUCUCUCAGUCCAACUCGCAAACCCACGUUCAACGACAGGAUGAGUAGCGCGUCUCCGGACGCGAUCGCCUCCAGCUGCUUGUGAACGACAGGACGUAGAUCUACACCACGCGGAACACAAACCGGAUUGAACUGGUCUGUUUACACUUGCGCUCACGCAAGAAAACGUCUGCAGCAGUUUACAUCUGUUUGACUAGAGUCCGAACUAGCCUGGCAGCGCAUACGAGUACAUGGACCUUAAGCUGGAUAUCAAAGAUACCAUAUAAUCGCUCAAACGGGCUUCCAUAAGUACUUCAACUCCCCCAGUAUCACAGUGACUGAUUGAUAUACAGUAGUAUAGUAUUUUCUCUCCAUCAUUGCUUUGAUGCAAAGCGCUUUUUACACCCGCAGUAUGCAACUACCCGAGUACGAAAUAAAUCGCUUGUGUAUUAACAUGUCAUUUAUGAAACUACUGUCUUUAUCGCCAUGUAGAUGUAACAUGGGUGGUUUGCCGUCAAGCUACAGUAGAUGGCUUGAACGUACGACUAUUGUGUGCUUUUAAGUAUUUUUGUAGCAAUACUUUUUUUUUUUUUUUUACAUCCUUACA